GAUUUGCUGCGCGGCAAGCCCCGCGUUGACUUCCCGUUCUUCUUCUUAUUCUUAGCGCGCGUGCCCGUGCGUUCACCACCUGUCAGGAUGAACGCCAACGAGCCGCGCACAAACAACCCCGGCCUGGGGAGCUACGUCGGACGCACCGCGGCGAUCGUCACCUUCCUCGCGAUACUGUUUUUUUUCACGGCGGUGCACUUCUAUUACGCGACCUCCGCCUUGCUAGACGUGCUCGCUCUCUUUAUCCUCUUCAUCUACCUCUUCUUUCUCGGGCUGUCGAUGGGAUGCCUGGUGCUGUGCGCGCGUAUCGGCCCCGGCGAUCUGCCCUCCCGCUUCUCCGCAGCGCGGAUGGAGACCUUCAUCCGGGACGAGCUGCAGCGCAUCGUCGCGAAGGCGCGUCCGGCACGCGGGGCAGAGCCCGACAAGGCGGUCGCAAAAAUCGUUCCGACUACGGAAGACACCGCAGCAGACGCACCUUCCCCGUCCACCACAGCGGACGCGGCACAGCAGAAGAGGCGCUGGCAGGAUGUGGACGACGAGGAGGAGCACCAACUCGCCAACGUCGCCUCCACCGCAGCUCUGACACAGCGCGCCAGUCCAACAGCGGCAGAGGCGGAGUUGGCGAAGCGGGCCAUCGUGGUUCAACUGCGCAUGCACGAGGAGCGCGCCACCCUUUCUAGCAACGAGGCGGAGGAGGAGGAGGAGGACGAGGAGGAAGGCAGCAGCGGCGACCAGCGGCGCCGUCGGCGUCCGCGUCAUCCACGUCCGCACGAGGGCGACGGGAUACAUCAAGAGGACGGCGCGAUUCACAACAGCGCGGAUGACGAGGUGGAGGUGCGGGAGCUGCCGGCGUACAUGCCGGAAAUGAUGGAGCUGCGACGCCAGCGCAAGAUUCUGCGUGGUCUGGAGGCGGUGCGUGUGAGCGAGGCGGCCCAGAGGGUGCUGGAGGCCGUCGACAGCGGCGACUUCGAUCGAAAGCGGGAGGAGAUGGGCUACCUAAUCCCCGGCGCCAACUGGUGUCGCUUCUGCAGCUAUUACCAGAUGAAUGACACCCGUCACUGCACGGUGUGUGGCCGCUGCGUCUACCGCAGUAAGCUGCACUGCGUCUGCUGCGGCAAGUGCAUCGGCUACGCCAACAGCAAGUACUACGUUCUCUUCCUCUUUUACUUAGCGUUGGCGUUUCUCAUGGCCAACUUCCUGGACAUCUACUGUAUUAGCUGGGGCUACACCUACUUCUUCAAACCGACGGGGGAAUCGAACUCCAUCUACUACCUCGUCUUUGUGUACUCGUACGCGAUUCUCGUGGUCGUGGUGGGCAUACUAGUGCAGUACCUCUUAGCCGCCGGUCGCAACGUUGGCCUGCUCACCGCGCUGCUGCGUGAGCAACGUGAAGAGCUCGAGGGCAUCCAACUGCGCAACAGCGGGGAGCGCUAUCAGAUGGUCAUGUCGGAGCGGACGGCCGGCCUGCACGACGAUGGCCGCAGCAGCCCCGAGCAGACCCGUGAACCUUUCAUCUGGCGGCGGGCGAUGGACACGGUAGGGGAGGGCCUGUCGCUGCCGCUGUGGUUUUGGCCGGUGCCGACGCGACCUGCCGUGCAGGAGAUGGCCGAUCCGGAAGGCUUCUGGCCGAACUUGAAAGAGGCGAUUCGCAUCCGGCUGCGCAGCGUGGCGGACGAAGAUGACGUCUUCACGGAGGAGGACGAGGUGAUGGGCCACGAGGAGGACCACCACAGCAACGACGCCAACCACAUUAGCGGCGUGACGGAUGAACGCGUUCCAUCGGCCGCUAGCCGUGUGCGUACUGCGGCCGCAACAGCAGCAGCAGCCGUGCCACCUCCCGCUGCCACAGCGCCAGCAGCGACGCCGUCGCGUGGAAAGAGCGCCGAUGUAACGGUGGUGCCGGUGGAGGUGGCGGUCCCGCCGCCGGCGGUGUUUCCCGCGGAGCCGAGUACCCGCGUCGCCGCGGUGGGGCCCGCGGUGGAGUCCGCUGUCUCGCGCCCGUCGGCGACCUCGCCAGCGUUGCCCGCCACCAAAGCCGCGCCGGCUCCGCGAAAGAAGGUAGAUUAG